AUGGCUUCGCAGAUGCCCACCAAGAAGUGCGGCGUCCUCGGCUGCACCGGCUCCGUGGGCCAGCGCUUCAUCCUCCUCCUCGCGCAGCACCCGACGCUCAAACUGCACGCCAUCGGCGCCUCGGCGCGCUCCGCCGGCAGGAAGUACCGCGACGCCGUGCGGUGGAAGCAGGCCCGCCCGAUGGGCGCCGAGAUCGCCGACAUGGUGGUGCGCGAGUGCAAGGCGUCCGAGUUUGCGGACUGCGACGUCGUCUUCAGCGGGCUGGACUCGGACGUGGCCGGCGAGAUUGAACUCGAGUUCGUCCAGGCCGAAAUCCCCGUCUUCUCCAACGCCAAGAACCACCGCCGCGACCCCCUCGUGCCGCUCGUCGUCCCCACCGUCAACCUCCCUCACCUCGACCUCAUCCCGCACCAGCGCGCCACGCGGGGGCUCUCGCGCGGCUUCCUCGUCUGCAACUCCAACUGCGCCGUCAUCGGGCUCGUCGGGCCCUUCGCCGCCCUGCAGGCCGCCUUCGGCCCCGUCUCCGCCGUCAGCGUCGUCACCAUGCAGGCCGUCUCGGGCGCCGGCUACCCGGGCGUCUCCUCCAUGGACAUGAUCGACAACGUCGUCCCCUUCAUCCCCGGCGAGGAGGACAAGCUCGAGUCCGAGGCACGCAAGAUCCUCGGCGCCCUCAGCGGCGACAAGACCGCCUUUGUCGAGCAGCAGGGCCUGCGCGUCUCCGCCACGUGCAACCGCGUCCCCGUCCUGGACGGGCAUACCGCCUGCGUCAGCUUGAGCUUCGAGCGCCGCCCCGCGCCCACCGCCGAGCAGUGCAAGCAGGCCAUGCGCGCGUACGUCGCCGAGGCCCAGACCCUCGGGUGCCCGUCCGCCCCGUCCCCCGCCAUCAUGGUCUUUGAUGAGGACGACCGGCCGCAGCCCCGGCUGGACCGCGAUCUCGGCAACGGCUACACCGUCAGCGUGGGCCGCAUGCGCGAGGACGAGAGCGGCAUCUUUGACAUAAAAUUCACGGCCCUGAGCCAUAACACCGUCAUCGGCGCGGCCGGAUCGUCUAUACUCAACGCCGAAGCCGCCGUCCUCAAGGGAUACAUCUAG